GGGCGGAGGGUGUGCGGAGACGGUGGACGAGGGGACCUUCUCCUUCCCGGGACGGAGGAAGCGUGAAAAGCGGGACCCUCUCGGUGGUUUAUUCGUCUCUAAAUGCGACCUCGCCCGGCGCGGACACGAGUCACGGGACCGGGCGUAUUCGUCCAGUACGGGAGACCUGGAUGUGCCACCGUAGAAGAAGAAACCCCUCCGGCUUUUGUUUACCAUUGUGAGCCGCAGCAGCUCGAACCCCAGUGGAAAUACCUCUGCAUCAUUUCGGACCAAGGAUGGCUUCUCCAGUCAAUGCAGCAGUGAAACCAGACUGGAGGAACAUCGACCGACCACGACCACGACCACCCAGACUCGUGGAGGCCGAUAAACUCCUGAAAGUCAUCAGGCAGCAUUAUCAACGAGAAAAGGACACGCAGGAGGAAAGCCAGGCUCAAGAGAACGAUGUUACUGAUGUUCAAGGAGACGAAACAGCGACACAAGACUGUGCUCAGGAAAAUAAAGACGUGUUCAGACCCACUGUGUUUGUGAACACGCGCAGAGGCAGAGGACACGGUACCAAGAGGAAGCUCUCCGAUCCGGCACCGGCGACCCGGUGUGAUCCCAGUUCACCUCAGAGUGCUGCAGAGGGUGACACUGAAGUGGCUGCAUCUAGUCCACCCUGUGCUGCUCUGGGUGCUCAGAAGAGAAAAGUGUCCUCUACCAAGGAUUCUGACAAGCGUCAAACUGAGGCUCCCCAGGAGGCCCCUGGCGGCGAGCAGCCGGACAUUAAGGCCGAAGCACCCGUGCAGAGCGACACAGAAAAAGCACCCCGAGUGACCCGCGCCGGCAGAAUUCCUCGUUACCAAGGACUCCAGCAGAAGAACAAGCCGUUGUUGAAGCCCACCACCCCGAACUUCAAAAAACUCCACGAGGCACAUUUUAACAAGAUGGAGUCGAUUGACACGUAUGUCCAGAGAAAGACCAAGCAGAGGGAGGCUUCCAGAAGUUCAGUUAAAAAACCAAAGAGGCUUUCAGGCAAAAGUAAACCGCAGCAAGUUGAGGGCAAAGCUCAAGGGAAGGCGAAUCGGAGUCUUGCGUCCAUGUUCAGCCCCGUCCCGACGGCCAAGAGACCAGCCGAGGACAGACGCACGCUCCAACCCCCUCCAACCAAACCCGCCGUGAAGGAAGACGCUCCGUUCAGACCGUCGGUCCUUUCCUCUCGCAGGGUCAAUGUUCGGUUCACAGAAGCCACGCGUGACAACGCCAACCACAAGUCCUUGGUGAAGACGCCGGCCCGCGCGUCGCUUGGUGUGAUCUCCAGCACCCCAAAAAAACAGGCCGCUGGUGGAGGAAAGCCCAGAAAUGUCACGCUUUCGACUUGCUCUGCCACGAAAAAUCCAGCAGCGUUUGUUUUCACCGGCAACACGAGCAUGUCAACAACCCCCGGGACUCAAAAGAAGUCUGGCUUUGACCUGAAAGAGAGCCUUUCUCGUCCCCUCACCUACAAGCCUCAUGCAGGUAAACUGAAGGUGUUUGGAGACAACCAAGAAAACACGGCAGCCAACAAGUCCCUGAUUGCCAACUCUCAUCAGAAUUACAAACAGCACCAAGUCCAGACGAGGGGAGCGAGGAGAGAAAAACACGUGGCAGACCGGAAGCAGAAGAAAGAGAGUAUGCUUGGGGCCAGACGAGGCCUCGUCAUGAUGUAAAAGAUAUCGCGUUGUUUGGGGACGUUUUGUACAGCCCGUUCUUCCCGUGUAAAUAUUUUGUCUCCGGCAGCUGAUGCCUUCAUUUCUGUAGUCUCUCUUUUAGUCCGCCGUCAGUCAACUCGUUUAUUUUCUGCUUCCAUCUAACCGUUUGUCUUUUUAGACUUGACUCUUAACACAGUUCAGCUCUGAAUGAAGCUUUUUUAAUGUUUUUUUUCUUCUGGAGAAUCCGUCUCCGGUUUUGCUGCAUUUCAAACUGUAAUUUUGUUCUUUGAAUAUGACGUGCUUUGUUUUAACUCUUCUUGGAAAGGCCGAUGAAAAGAAUCCCAUGUCUGCAUUGUUUAAUUUUUAAGUGAAAAUUGCUAUCUUGUUUUAGUCUUUAUGGUAUGAUUAAAUCUGUUCCACACAAGUCA